CAUGUCCAGCCUGGUGUUGCUGUGCUGCGGGGUCCUGGGGGCGGCGCUGGCGGGGGCGCGCGGGGAGGGCCCGCUGAGCCCCGAGAAGACCCAGGUAUGGGGGCCCGGCUUAAACGCGGCCGUCGUGCUCCCCGCUCGCUACUUCUACAUCCAGGCCGUGGACGCCUCGGGAAGUCGACUGACAUCGUCGCCCGGUGAGAAGGCCUUCCAGGUCAAGAUCUCAGCGCCAGACGAGCAGUUCACGAGAGUCGGCGUCCAGGUUCUGGACCGGAAGGACGGCUCCUUCAUCGUGCGGUACAGGAUGUAUGCGAGCUACAAAAGCCUGAAGGUGGAAGUCAAGUUCCAAGGUCGCCAUGUGGCCCAGUCCCCGUAUAUUUUAAAAGGGCCGGUGUACCACGAGAACUGUGACUGCCCCGUGGAAGACAGUGCCGCCUGGCUCCAGGCUAUGGGCUGCCCGGACUCCAUCAGCCAGAUCCAGAGAGACCUGGAACCUUUCCCGACCGUCGAUCCUGGGAAGAUCGCCACGGAAAUCCCGGAAAGAUUCGGACAGAGGCAGAGCCUGUGUCACUAUACAGUGAAGGACAACAAGGUCUACAUCAAGACUCACGGGGAACAUGUAGGUUUCAGGAUUUUCAUGGACGCCAUUCUGCUGUCUUUGACUCGAAAGGUGAAGGUGCCGGACGUGGAGUUCUUCGUCAACCUGGGGGACUGGCCCCUGGAGAGGAAGACCUCCCGGGCACAGCCCCACCCCAUCUUCUCCUGGUGUGGCUCUACGGACUCCAGGGACAUCGUGAUGCCCACCUACGACCUCACCGAGUCCGUCCUGGAGAGCAUGGGCCGGGUCAGCCUGGACAUGAUGUCGGUGCAGGCCAACACGGGGCCGCCCUGGGAGAGCAAGAACGGCACCGCCCUGUGGAGGGGCCGGGACAGCCGCAAGGAGAGGCUGGAACUGGUGAAGCUCAGCAGGAAGCACCCGGAGCUCCUUGACGCCGCCUUCACCAACUUCUUCUUCUUCCAGCACGACGAGAGCCUGUACGGGCCCAUCGUCAAGCACAUCUCCUUCUUCGACUUCUUCAAGCACAAGUACCAGAUCAACGUGGACGGCACGGUGGCCGCCUACCGCCUGCCAUACCUGCUCGUGGGUGACAGCGUGGUGCUGAAGCAGGACUCCAUCUACUACGAGCACUUCUACAGUGAGCUGCAGCCCUGGCGACACUACAUCCCGGUGAAGAGCAACCUGAGCGACCUCCUGGAGAAGCUGAGAUGGGCCAAGGCCCACGACGAAGAGGCAAAGAAGAUAGCCAAAGCAGGGCAGGAAUUCGCCAGAAACAAUCUCAUGGGUGAUAACAUAUUCUGUUACUACUUCAAACUUUUCCAGGAAUAUGCCAAGUUACAGGUGAGCGAGCCUCAAGUCCGAGAAGGUAUGAAGCGGGUAGAACCACAGACCGAGGAAGACCUCUUCCCGUGCACGUGCCAUAGGAAAAAGACCAAAGAUGAACUCUGACUGCAGAAUACCUCCCCUCCCCUUCAAAUCAUGGUGCUUUGAAGACUCUCCAUAUUUGGAAAGAGAAUUGUUUUUCAAACGUGAAUUCCACGGACAGUAUACAGUCUACUCUGGAUUAUGAAGACAGGUUAAUUCUUCUGAUCAGUAUUCCCAUCAUUGUCCUUGGAAGCACAUAUUUUUAGAAUUUUAUAAUAAAUUCGUUUUUUAUCUGAAA